AUGCCCAGAAAGGCAGAGCGAUAUACAAACGACAUCCUGAGUCGUCCUGGUAUGGUCUUCGCUGUCGAUGUCAAAGAUCCAAAGGAGAGGGUCCAGGCAUACCUGGAUUCAUAUAAAAAUGAUCAGACAACAAGCUUCGAUGCAACCCUAAUGAAACACCAUCUAAACCUCGUCUCCGCCACAGCAACGCCCAAAGUAACCGCAACAUUCCGAAUGAAAGUAACCCAGGACUUCUGCAGUACAAUGGGCAACAUGCACGGCGGCGCCAUUGCCCUAGUCCUGGACAUGUGCACGACAACAUGCAUGGCCCCGGUUUCGACACCGGACUUUUGGCUGUUCGGGGGUGUUUCCCGCACGCUGAAUACGACUUUCCUCCGUGCGAUAAGGGCGGGGGCUGAGAUUGAGAUUUUUUGUGAGGUUUUGCAUGUUGGUGCGAGACUGGCUGCGAUUCGAGGCGAGCUCCGGGAUUGCAAGGAUGGGAAGCUGUUUGUUGUUGGGGAGCAUAACAAGGCGAGUAUAUCUUUUGAGAAGAAACUGUGA